GUGUAUAAUCUAUGCACGAGUUACAUAUUUCUUGGUAAUUUCGUAUAAAUCAUGAACAGUCAUAAAAUUUUGAACAGACGGCAAAAAUAAUAAAAACACUUGAAAAAUUGAGCUUAUUAACACGUUUUGGUCUACCGAGACAGUUUGUUUGUUUCAGUGGAAAGUUUGAAAGUGUUGGAUUUGUUGCGUUGAAAAUUGGAAUCAGUGCUAAUAAAGUGGCAUUAAAUAAUUUGAAACUAUAAAAGUCUUAUGAAAUCACCAAAAAUGGCUAUGCAGUGUCAAUUGUGGAUGGGCAGUUUGGAGCCCAAUAUGACUGAGAGUUUCAUAAUGGCAGCAUUUAAUAGACUGGGACAGAGACCUCUAGCAGUAAAAGUCAUGAGGAACAAAUUCACUGGGGAACCUGCAGGAUAUGCUUUUGUGCAUUUUCAGACUGAUGAGGAAGCGAUUGACGCAAUGCACAAAUUGAAUGGAAAACCCAUACCAGGCACAUUUCCAGUGGUUAGAUUUAGACUAAACACAGCAUCCAGAGAAACUAGAGCCAAUAUGCAACAUGAAAGAGAAUUCUCUGUUUGGGUUGGAGACCUAAGCCCUGACGUUGAUGAUUACUCUCUUUAUAGAGUGUUUGCUUCUAAAUAUACUUCCAUAAAAACUGCUAAAGUGAUAUUAGAUAAUUCUGGCUAUACAAAAGGAUAUGGCUUUGUCAGAUUUGGUAAUGAAGAUGAGCAACGUAAUGCACUAUAUGCCAUGAAUGGUUAUUGUGGACUCGGAACAAAACCUCUCAAAAUUUGCACAGCUGUACCUAAACCUAAAAGUAAUCUAACAACUGCUCAGUCUACUUCUACAACUUCAACCGCAACCUACACUAGCGGAACGGAUUACAACCAAUAUUAUGAUCCGUCAGCCUAUUGGCAAAAUUAUUCAGCCUGGUCUGGGUACUAUGGACAGGGUGAACAAGUCACGACAGCUGCAGUCCAACCGGCAGUUGCAUCUGAAACUACACCAGCUGUCGCUGUCAAAACACAAACUGAUGAUUUGGUUCUCGUUGAUCACAAGAAACCAAUCGACGUGGAUCAUAUGAAUAAUGAAUUUUUGGACGUAAACAUUUCGCUAUGGGACAGUUUAGAAGGAUCACAAUGGUUCCCUCACGACGUCAUAGAAGUUCACUCAUAAACUAUCAGUACGAAAACUAGUUGAUUUAAGUUCUGUAAAUAAAUACAUGUGGAAGCUUUUUUAAAA